GAAAGCCUUGGAUCACCUGACUGGUCGUCCCUUGUGCGUUUUCGGGAAGCUAGACCAAAUUAGCAUAUGUGUACUGUUUUAGUUGAUUGAUUGUACAUUCUUAUUUGAUCUAGACCAUCAUAAUCCUUUUCACGAGACACCAGGCGGGCACCCCAUGGGGUCUGCUAAUUUCAGAAAGCUUGCUAGUAUGUUGCGUUAGGUAAGACCUUGUCCGUGCCAUCAUGAUUUGUCAUUUUAGCAGUUAGCUAGCUGUCUCAAUAAGUUGUUAGCUAGAUUUUCCCUUUAGGUCACCUCGACGUUGUGCAAUGGCUUCUAUUCUGGAUGAAUACGAAGACUCGCAAAACAGGAGGCACCCGGUUCAACACAGUAGCCGUCUGGCUGCUGCCAACAUCGGCAUAACACACUCCGGAUUUGUCAAUGUCAGGCUCGAAGAGGAGAAGCCUAUUUUCAACAAACAGAGGAUCGAUUUUACACCGCCAGAAAAGAUAAACCACUUCGCCGUCUGCAACAACCAACUAUGCAUGAGUUUAGGAAAGGACACUCUAUUGAGGAUUGACCUAGCCAAGCCGGACCAGCCCAACCAGAUAGAGUUGGGGAGAAAGGAGGACAGCAAAGUGCACAAGCUCUUCCUGGAUCCCACUGGGUCCCACCUGGUGAUCUCCCUCAGCACCAGUGAGUGCCUGUACCUGAACAGGAACACACAGAAAGUGCGGUCACUCUCCCGUUGGAGAGGCCACCUCAUAGAGAGUGUGGGCUGGAACAAGUUACUGGGGACAGAGACCAAUACCGGACCCAUACUAGUGGGUACCAGCCAGGGGAUAAUCUUUGAGGCUGAGAUCUCUGCUUCAGAGGGAAGCUUGUUUAACACCAACCCUGACCAGUACUUUAAGCAGGUCCAUGCCCUGGAAGAGGAUGGGAAGCCAGCCCCGGUGUGCUGCAUUGAGGUGGAGCGAGGCAUGGAGUCCAAGGUCUUCAUCAUUGCCACGACCCGGAAGCGCCUGUUUCAGUUCGUAGGUCGCAUACCGGAGGGGUCAGACCAACAAGGUUUCAGCUCCAUCUUCUCCCAGAACCAGGAGCUGUUGCCUAGCUUCCAGGAGUUUCCCUUUAACAUGGGCUACAGUGAGAUCACCUUCUACACCUCCAAGCUCAGGAUCUGCCCCAAGGCCUUCGCGUGGAUGAUGGGUAAUGGAGUUCUCUACGGACAGCUGGACUACGUGAGGCCGGACUCGUUGCUCAGUGACGUUCAGGUGUGGGACUACACUCCGGACAUAGACUUCAGUUUUAACAAGCCCAUCUCCGUUGUGCUGACUCAGUUUCACUUCCUGCUUCUCCUCCCUGAUCGUGUCAAAGCCAUCUGCACGCUAAAUGGGCAGGUGGUCUACGAGGAUGUAUUCCCAGACAAGUUCGGCCCCCUGAAGAAGAUGAUAAAGGACCCAGUUGGUGGCCUCAUCUGGAUCUAUACAGAAAAGGCUGUAUUCAGGUACCACAUCCAGAGGGAGGCCAGGGAUGUAUGGCAGAUGUACAUGAGCAUGAACAAGUUUGACCUGGCCAAAGAGUACUGUCGAGACCGUCCUGAGUGCAUGGACACGGUCCUGGCCAAGGAGGCUGAGCACUGCUUCCAGAACAAACGCUACAUGGAGAGUGCCAAGUGUUACGCCCUGACCCAGAACUACUUUGAGGAGAUUGCCUUGAAGUUCAUCGAGGCAAAACAGGAAGAGGCUCUGAAAGAGUUCCUACUGAAAAAACUCAACAAUCUGAAGGAGAGUGAGAAGACCCAGAUCACCUUGCUGGUUAUGUGGCUGACUGAGCUGUACCUGAAUCGCCUGGGGCUUCUAGAAUCCGACGAGGGCAAAUAUGGACUCUUCCUGGAGACACGGGAGGAGUUCCGGAAGUUUCUCUGUAGUUCCAAACACAAGGAGUGUCUUUAUAACAAUCGUACCACCAUCUAUGACCUGCUGGCUAGCCAUGGCAACGUGGACGACAUGGUCUACUUCUCUGUCAUCAUGCAGGAUUAUGAGCGGGUGAUCUCCCACUACUGUCAGCAUGAUGACUACGGCGCCGCCCUGGAGGUGCUUUCCAAGCACUGCGACGAGAAACUCUUCUAUAAGUUCUCCCCUGUCCUCAUGCAGCACAUCCCCAAGAAGGUGGUGGACGCCUGGAUUAAGAUGGGCAACCGGCUGGAUCCUAAGAAGCUGAUCCCAGCUCUGGUCAACUACAGUCAGAUGGGUUCGACACAACAGAUCAACGAGACGAUCCGCUACAUGGAGUUCUGUGUCUACCAGCUGGUUGUAACAGAGGAGGCCAUACACAACUACCUCCUCUCCCUGUAUGCCAAGUACAAGCCCGACUCCCUGCUGUCGUACCUGGAACAGGCUGGCACCCACGCGUCGGACAUCCACUAUGAUCUGAAAUACGCCCUGAGGCUGUGCGCCGAACACGGAUACCUGCAGGCCUGUGUGCUGGUCUAUAAGAUCAUGGAGCUGUACGAGGAAGCUGUGGAUCUGGCCCUGCAGGUGGAUGUGGACUUGGCCAAGUCCUGUGCGGACCUGCCUGAGGAUGACGAGGAGCUGAGGAAGAAGCUGUGGCUGAAGAUCGCCCGUCACGUGGUGCAGGAGGAGAAGGACGUGAAGAAGGCCAUGAACUGUCUGUCCUCCUGCAAUCUGCUCAAGAUAGAGGACAUCCUGCCCUUCUUCCCUGACUUCGUUACUAUAGACCACUUCAAGGAAGCCAUCUGCAGCUCCCUGGAGGAGUACAACCAGCACAUUGACGAGCUGAAGCGGGAGAUGGAGGAGGCGACAGAGAGCGCCAAGCGGAUCAGGGAGGACAUCCAGGAGAUGAGGAACAAGUAUGGUCUGGUGGAGAGCCAGGAGAAGUGUGCCGUCUGUGACUUCCCACUCCUGAACAGACCUUUCUACCUGUUCCUCUGUGGACACAUGUUCCACUACGACUGCCUCUUCCAGGAGGUGAACCCUCACCUGUCCUCCUACAAGCAGUCCAAACUAGAAGAGCUGCAAAAGAAGCUGGCUGCAGCCUCCCGGACAUCCAAAUCCCGCCCCCGUCCCGCCCCCAAGGAGAAGGAGGAGGGGGGUGACAGCGCCAGCCUGGGGAAAGGAUCUGCCAGCGUCAGCCGCGAGCAGAUCAAGUCCGACAUUGAUGACAUCAUUGCGUGCGAGUGCGUGUACUGUGGCGAGCUGAUGAUCAAGUCGAUCGACAAGCCGUUUAUUGACCCACUGAAGUUCGAGGAGGAGAAGUCCAGCUGGCUUUGAGCGAAAGGAUUUGGAAGGUAGCGCUGAAGCUGCUCACAAAUCUAAAAUGGUGGACUUGAAGUGGCUCUCGGAUAUUCACAGGAUCUGAAAUGCAAUUGAGCUGCCGAUCUGAAAUGACCAGUGAAGUGAUGUGGGACUGAAAUUGGCCUGAAAUCCCUGAAAUGGGCUUUAACUGUGUGGAGCUAUGUGUGAAAUAGAAUUUUCUUCUACAGAAAUGUCUGAGCUGAUGACAGCAUGUGUACGGUCUGAAAUGUCCAGGGGCCUGUAUGUACAUCGCCUUGUGUAGGUUGGGAGUACAGCUGUUAUUCUCUGUUAUAAUGGGAUUUAUGUUUAGCCACAGCUGCUCUGAUGCUGAUAGGAACACAGUCGAGGAGAAGAAUGCAGGCGUUCCCAUAUAAGCUCUUAUCCUCUAUGUAACUUGACCUAUUCUACAGUCGUUCUCUAUUUGUCGCUCUGUGACACUUCAAAUUGCACUGAGGUCAUGUCUCACACAUCGCUCUACUAUACAUUAAUAAAACAGUUCAUUGUCCGAGUUAACAAAUUAACUGAAAUGUUUUGUGAAAUGUAAUGCUUAUUAAUGAAUAUCAAUUGCUAUCAGUUUGGCUGGCAGCUGAUAUAUAAUAAUAUAUGUGAUGGAUGCUUACAUUUUGGUUAUUUGUGGCUGUUGUUGCAUCAGAAGAACUCCCUUUUGAGAUCAGAUGAAUGUUACAUUCCCCUUACUUACGGUUUGCAAAAUGCUCUUAUGACAAAUAAACAGUUAAUUUCUUCUUAC